AUGAAUCACCGUUCUCAGAACGAUCGCACUGGAAGGCCACCGGGCAUACAGAGAUGCGUCGCCCGCUCCGACCCCAAUGCCUGUAGUUUUCUACCAUCCGUCUCAAUUCGAUCAAGGCUACAAUUCUUGAGACUCCGAUAUUGGAAGCCAGUAGAAUUAUUCCGUGCGACUGUGAGCCAUCAAAAAAUUAUUUUGAAAAGUUUUCGAGGAGUGACAGUGAACAAUGGAAUUCUUUCCAUAUCCACUAUUGGUAGAGAGGCUGAGUGUGAUGUUUCUUCAUGA